UAUAUACAAUAUAGGACGACAUGAUUUCCAUUGCAUAGGAAUGAUCAUUAUAUUUCUGACGCUGCAACUUAAAUUCUUAUUCUAAACCAUCUUGCGCGCUUGGAAUAUUUUACAAAUCAAAUUAGAAUAUGAAGCAAAUUAUGAGAUGCAAACAUCAUUAGGGGCCUAGAACAUUUAACAAUGGGGUGAGGAUACACGAGAAUAGAACAUGAUAAAGCUAGGACUCAUCGAUUCCCACAUUCUACCCAAAACAGCUAUAGUAGAAAAUGAAACAACAGAGGUGAGCAUUAAUGAUAAUAGCAAUAUUUAAUAUAUAUAUAAUAUCUUAAAUAAUAGACUAUCAUGUAUAGAUUUAUUACAUACAUCUAAAUAUUAUAUCUAUGCCAAUAAAUAUACCAAUCGAAUGCAUGUACAUACGCAAAUAAUAAUAAUAAUUAUUAUUAUUAUAAAAAAUGCCUCACUGUUUUGGAGAAAAGCAGAGUGACUACUCGCAUCAAAUAAAACAAAUCGUUUCGAGCAAUAGAAACAAGAAAAUAAAAGAAUGCCACUCUGCAAGUCAAGGAGUGAGAACAAAAAAAUACUAUAUAAACCAUGAGACUCUAAAAAUUAUAAAACAUUAUAAAGCCUAUCUAAAACAUUAAAAUCUAAACCCCAAAUAUCAUAAAACCCUAUGCCCAAAUUCUCAAACCCUAAAUCUUAUAUCCUAGAUCCUAAACUCUAAAUACUAAAUUUUAAACCCAUACACCCUUAAACCUAAACAGUAACUCAGAAACCCCACAGACCCUUAAAGUUUUAAGGAUUUAGAUAUGGUUUAGGAUUUAGAUUAGAUGAUGACGAGAAACUAAGCUUCAUUCAAUUAAAAACUUCAUUAUCAUUAUCAAAUCUUUGCUUCAAAUUUUGUGAAUCAUUGUUUUAAAACUACAGCGUUCUAGUUUAAUGAAACAAACUAAGAGUAGAUUUUUGACCCAUAAAACCCAGAGGGUUCAUCCAGUCUUUGGUCUAUCUGGCUAGGAUACCAAGUCUUUACCGAGUUUUAUUAAGAUCACUUCCAAAGGUAAUAACUAGACAGUCUCAUGGUUAGUUCUUAGUUUUUCCGGUCGAACCAACCUGCAUCUUUCUACAUUAUUAGAAGUACUGACUCACUACCUGCAUCUUUCUACAUUAUUAAAAGUACUGACUCACUAAAGUAUGGUGACCCAAUCAAACAUUAGAAUAUAAGAAAUUAAUAUUUAAUAUUUGAGACGGAAGAGUGUCAUUGUUUUACAAUGAGGGUACAAUGCAUGGGACUCUAUGGCAGUAGUUAGUCAAGCAAAAGCAUAAGCACAUAAAAUAAUAAUUAAUUAAAUAUAACCCCAUUUACAUACUUGAAACUUUUAUCAUGACAAAAUUCGAUUUACUCCUAUAUAUAUAUAUAUAUAUAUGUAUGUAUACUUUUCUAAUUCAAAGUCACGGACAAGACACAGAGAGACCACCCCUACAACUACAAACAGAGAGGGGGUCUGCUUUGAUUGCGGCCUCUUGCGUCCAUUUCUCUGUCCUUCAUUCAUGCACGUGAUUCAUGCAUGGACGCAUCUCCAUUAAAAGACGCUCUAGUCUACACAUAGUGUGCUACCAGUCAAUCACCCCGUGACUUACUACACUUCCAAACUUCAUACAAAAAUUUUCUGAUCUUUUACUCCUCAAAUUACGCCAUGAAAACCACCGCCAUUCUUUCACUUAUCUUUGAAAUUUCUACUUAAUAAUUUACUCUAUCACUUCAUCCAUUCAUGCUGUGAUUUUUGACCUUUUUUUUUUGUUUAAUAACAAAAACAAUAAAUUUCAAAUAAUGUCCGGGGGUUUUAGCAAAAGGGAGGAGACAUUCUCCUAAAUUAACAACGGCUUUUCAGCAUGUUAUCCCGUGAACCACCGCGUGUAUCGCCGCGAAAUCUUACACAUUCUUUCAGUUCCUUCUCUUCUAACGACCAACUACCACAUAUCUAACUCUAUUUGUCCCCUACCUAUUCCUAGUGUACAUUGAUUUUAUUUAUUUAUUUCUAAAACCAUUAAUAAUUAUUUACAUAUUAUUUUCUUUUAUUUAUUUAUUUCUAAAACCAUUAAUAAUUAUUUACAUAUUAUUUUCUUUUAACAGUAACCAAUCCUUAACAAACCAUGUCAUCCACUACUUGUAACUGAAGGUCGAUCUAAUUUAUUUAUUUUAAAAAGACUUUGGCCUUAGCAUGAUAAAUAGCUGGACACUAACUCAAACCUCUUCCAUAGAAGCCAUAAGCAACGGUUGAGAAUGGAGCUUAUAGUGGCAGUGGUGAAGAUCAUAGCAUUCUCCUCACUAUGUUUCUCCACCAAUGCAUACACUUUAGACUAUGCCGAUGCCCUCGAGAAGUCUAUCAUCUUCUUCGAGGCACAACGGUCUGGCAAACUACCUGCCGACCAGCGUGUUACAUGGAGAGGCAACUCUGGUCUCUCGGACGGAGCUUCUUACAAUGUGGAUUUAGCAGGAGGGUACUAUGAUGCUGGAGAUAAUGUGAAGUUUGGCUUGCCGAUGGCAUUCACAACGACAAUGCUGGCAUGGAGUGUGAUAGAGUUUGGAGAUUUAAUGCAUGGGCAACUACAGCAUGCCAAAGCAGCCAUCAAAUGGAGCACUGAUUAUCUUAUCAAGGCGGCCACUGCAACACCAGAUACACUAUAUGUUCAGGUGGCAGACCCAAAUAUGGAUCACAGGUGCUGGGAGAGGCCAGAAGACAUGGACACAUCUCGCAACGUAUACAGGGUAACAGCUCAAAAUCCUGGCUCUGAUGUUGCUGCUGAGACUGCUGCAGCAUUGGCUGCUGCUUCCAUUGUGUUCAAGGAUUCUGAUGCUGAUUACUCUGCAAAAUUACUCCAAACAGCCAUUAAAGUAUUUGAUUUCGCUGAUCGGUAUAGAGGAUCAUACAGUGAUUCACUCAGUUCUGUUGCUUGCCCAUUCUACUGCUCAUACUCUGGAUAUCAUGAUGAGCUUCUAUGGGGAGCUUCAUGGCUUCAUAAGGCAUCUGCGGAUGCUUCGUACAUGGCAUACAUUCACACGAAUGGCCAGACACUUGGUGCUGAAGACGAUGACUACUCCUUCAGCUGGGACGACAAGCGUGCAGGUGCUAAAAUUCUUCUCUCCCAAGGCUUCUUGCAGAACAGGAUUGAAGACCUGCAGGUGUACAAAGCACAUGCUGACAACUACAUCUGCUCUCUGGUCCCAGGAUCACCUAGCUUCCAGGCCCAAUACACACCAGGAGGGCUUCUUUACAAAGAAUCUGAGAGCAAUCUCCAAUAUGUGACUUCCGCUACUUUUCUUCUUCUUACCUACGCCAAAUACCUCAAAGGCAACGGUGGAGCAACCACCUGUGGAUCAUCAACUAUUACUGCAGAAAGCCUCAUUUCUCUAGCUAAGAAACAGGUUGAUUACAUAUUGGGCGUGAAUCCUGCGAAGAUGUCGUACAUGGUGGGCUUUGGGAAGCGGUACCCACUACAUGUCCACCACCGGGGCUCUUCAAUUCCUUCUGUGCAUGCUCACCCAAGCCACAUCUCCUGUAAUGAAGGCUUCUCAUACCUCUACUCAAGCUCACCGAACCCAAACAUCCUCACCGGUGCUGUUUUAGGCGGCCCUGAUAAUAAAGAUAGCUUCUCAGGUGACAGAAACAACUAUCAGCAGUCGGAACCUGCGACUUACAUAAAUGCACCAAUGGUUGGUGCUCUGGCGUUCUUUGCAUCAACACCACUGGCAGGAUAAUGAGCUUACAACAUUCUUGUUGUUGUACAAUCCUGCAAAUCUCGAUAGCUGGGCUUGUACUUUUUAAGUCUUCCUACCACAAGUAGUUCUUUACUACAUCGCAGGUGAGAAGAUGUAUAAGCUUAAUCUCAAGCUUAAUCUCCUCAUAUGCACUGAUGUUAAAAAAAAUAAAUAAAGAGGUUGAGGAUGUUCUCAUCA